AUGUACUGCUUCAGCACUCUUACAAUCUGGCUGACCCUCUUCCGCGGCGUGCGCACGAUAUUGGAAGCCAACGGCCGUGCCAUUCUCUCAUCAUCCAUCGCAUUCCUCUUCCGCCCUAGACCUGAUGUCAACGACACCUGGGAGUCCAAGGAGCUAGACCAUGACGCUCUGAAAGAAUUCCAGAACUACAUUAAUACAAGCACUUUGGAAGACGAGCAAUCACGACAGCAUUUGCUCGACACUUUCCAAGACCUAAGACGAGCCUUCUCCUCUUUCUACGGAGAGGAACUCUGCGACGAGGGCAAAAUUCGUAGCAUCUUCACCUGGCUGUAUAAGAUUCCAGAUGAAUACAUUGAUAUGCUGCGACGGAGAAACAGCAACGCCCUGUGCAUCCUGGCCUUCUUCUGUGUGCUCCUCCAUCGACUGGAAUAUAAUUGGUGGCUCAAGGGUUGGGGCGUACACUUGAUUGAGCGCAUCUACACAGCUCUGGAUGACGUCCAUCAUUUCUGGAUAAGGUGGCCGAUCCAGGAGAUUGGAUGGAUACCCCAACGGAAGGCUAACUAA